CAGGGAGCAGUGGUUUGGAGUCAGGCAUGUUAGAGGACUGCUGUGUGAGUGUAGGACCCUAAAAGAGAAGCCUGUAUAUCUACAGGAGAAGACUGGUCAUGGCAUCUCGGCGGGCUCUGAAAGCGGUGCUCAUUGACCUAAGUGGAACCCUUCAUAUUGAGGAUGCUGCGGUACCUGGAGCUCAGGAAGCACUUGCAAGGUUGCGGCAGGCUUCAGUGGCUGUGAAAUUUGUAACCAACACAACAAAGGAGUGUAAGAGAACCCUGCAUGAGAGACUGCUCCGGCUGAAAUUUGACAUAGAAGAGCAGGAGAUCUUUACCUCACUGACUGCAGCUCGCAACCUGUUAGUGCAGAAGGCGGUGCGCCCUCUGUUGCUGGUAGAGGAUAGUGCAUUAGAAGACUUUGCAGGUAUAGAAACUUCAGAUCCUAAUGCUGUUGUGAUAGGCUUAGCACCAGACCACUUCAACUAUCAAAUGCUUAAUAAAGCUUUUAGAUUAAUUUUAGAUGGUGCUCCACUCAUUGCGAUUCAUAAAGCCCGCUACUACAAGAGAAAAGAUGGACUGGCACUGGGGCCUGGGCCAUUUGUGACCGGACUUGAAUAUGCUACUGACACACAGGCUGCUGUGGUGGGCAAACCUGAGAAAACCUUCUUCCUGGAAGCCCUUCGAGACCUCAACUGCAGCCCAGAGGAGGCAGUGAUGAUUGGAGAUGAUGCUAGGGAUGAUGGUGGUGGUGCUCAGAACACAGGGAUGCUGGGAAUAUUAGUCAAAACUGCUUUUGCCAAUGGAUGGAAGCUCACGGAAGCCAAAGAAUGCUGCACUGACUAGUAAUAUAUCUGCGUGUGAGGUCCCCAGCAUUGAACAUGGAUGUGAGUAGCUAUCUGUUCACAUGGACAUUUCUAGCCAAACACCGGCAGUCACGAUCAUUAUCACUCACUGUGAUCGCUGUCCACUGUAGGAAGUAAUUAAUUAAUUCAUACACAUGUGACUCUGUGGGUCAAAGAAAGUUUAAUGUCCCAUUCAUCUGGCACCUCACAUUUUUUGAUUUCUUGUGUUAGUGACAUUCUUUUUGACUGACAGUCUAUAUUAACUUUGAUUUUUUAAACCACUUAAUUUGGUUGCUGGAUGGUGUGUGUGACCCACCUGGGCAAGAAUGUCAUAGGCUAGCUCAGUUCGAAGUUCUAUUCCACCGUUGUUACUGACUGGAGGAAGCCAGUGAUUGAUCAUUGCUUUUCUGGCUGGGUCGGAGGGAAGACCCACUAGUAUCCUCUUCUCCAGUCUUCUCAGCAUGGCGUGGUCCAGCUCCCUGAGAACAAAAUAGAGCAAAGAUGGAUUUACUAAAUACUAAAUACAGAACUGAAAACAUGGCAUCAGAAAAACACUAUUUAGGAAUAUUUACCAGGGUAGGUUUGAGGCAGCCAACACAAACACCAGAUCUUUAGAUCGUGCCAGUCCGUCCAUCUGAACCAGCAGCUCAGUCUUCAUUCUCCUGCUGCCUUCAUGUUCACCUCUUAACAAGGGAGAAAGAAGAUGUGGCUCAAGGCAACAGACCUUAUACUUCUAUAUUUAAAUAAGCUUUUAAACUACGAUAUAUUAAUGGAUGAUAUCAAAAGCAGGAUCAGCUCUUUAUCAGUCACAAAAUAUAUAUCAGCAAAAAUGUAGUUCUAGGUCUCUGUUCAUGUUUUUUUUUCUUUUUUUUUUAAAUAUUUUUUUUAUUUUAUUUUGUGGUGGUCUCUAGUAUGAAUGAACACCCUGUUAGCCAGUGUUACACCAAUUCCUGUGACUGUCGAGUUGUGUGACUGUAGAGGGCGCUAUUUCUCAGUGGCCUUGGCAUAGGGGUCACCAAUUCUGAUAGCUGCUGUAUAUGACUGCUCUGCAUUUUUCAUGCACAAAAUAAAACUUAUCAUUCUG